AUGCAGCAGAAACCGGCCCAGACAGAGGACAGGCCUGUCAGCAGUGGGGAGCACACAGUCGUGUUUGGACCUGGGGAUCACGAUGACAUGGACUUCACCGUCGCUUUUAGCUCCAGACGACAGACGAUGGGUUUGGAGAAGGAAGGGGAGACCCAAAGGCAGGUUGGUGUGGCAGCGCUGUCUGUAUUCAAUGAAGAGAAAACCACUGUCUUCAGUAACAUGGAGCCUGAUGCAGACAUGGACUUCACAUCUACCAUCAACAGCAUCAGCUCAAGCCAAGAAACUGCUCCUGUACAACCAGCUCAGAGGACAGAAGAACCAGACAAAACCAUCAUCUUCAGUAAUACUCAUACUGGAGCAGACAUGGAUUUCACAACUACCAUCAAGAGCAUGAAAAUGGCACAAGAAAAUGUUCCUCAACAGCCGACCUCAAUGGCACAAAAACCCAUUGAAGAUAAAACCACUAUCUUUGGGGAAGUUGAAUCUGGUGCAGACAUGGAAUUCACUACAGUCAUCAGCAGUGACGGAGCUGGAGAGCACGUUCCUGACCUGACCAGCUCUGUACAGCCUCAGGAACCCGCCCAAGACAAAACAGUGAUCUUUAGUAAUGUUGAGAGCAGUGCAGAGAUGGAGUUUACCACUACCAUCAGCAGCAGUGCUGAAGCACAGGAGCAGGUUCCUGGGAGUGCAUGUCGGCCAGUUCCCCAAGAAGCCACACAAGACAGGACGACAGUUUUUACUGACGCUGAGCUGGGUGGAGACAUGGAGUUCACUGUUGCAGUCGACAGCCUGCGACCAGGCACUGACAGUGUUUCCUCACAUGCCCCACCUAUCCUGUGUGAGGAUACCAAUGUUGUUGGAGACAUGGAAUUCACAGCUUGUACCCUCCCCCAGCAGGGCAGGCUGUCGGUGUCCCAGUUCCUGACUUACUGCAACAUCGUCUUCCAGGACCAGGGCAAGGACAGGAGGAGUGUUAUGCCGCUUAUCAAGAGCGACCCACCUGAGAUCCUGUAUGAACACCUGGAGAUCCUAAGCAUCCUGCUGCCCCAGGCUCACAUGUACGAGUGGAGCUGUAACAAACUACAGGAGCAUAUCAGCAGCACACGACAACUUGUGAAACAACAGGAGCAGCGGCUGGACCAGGAGAACCCUGCCUUGUUCUUAGAAGCACAGAAGAUGAUACAAGAUGGAAAGCUGAAGGAGGUUGAUGACCUGAAGAAGGACAUGGAAUCCCUGAGGUCCUGCUGUAAGAAACAAGCCAAGACUGAGUGGCACGAGUGGAACUGUAAAAUGACAGGUGCCGUCGUGGAAUCACUGAAGGAAGAAUAUGCUGACAUGAAGACAGGUGUGGAAGAGCUGGAUGCUUCUCUACAGAAAAUAGACCAGAGUUUAGCUACGUUGGACGAUGUUGAGAAGGAUCUGGAAGAUGCCAUUGCAAAUCUGGAGGGGAUGACUCUCCCAUCAGAUGAGGACAUACAGAGAUAUAAAGAACAACAGGCUGUGCUGUUGCAGAAAGAGGAGGAACUUGCCUCAUCUCGUCAGGAACAGGAACAUUUGAAAAGCACCCUCAGCAGCCUGCAGCAGGAGAGGGAGUCUCUGGAGCUGCAGGUGGACCAGCUGCAGCUGCAGGGGAGAGAGCUGGGCCUACAGCAGGAGGGGGAGGACAGCACCGCAGUGGAGAAGCGGGAGGAGCAGGUCAGGGCACUCAACAGGCUGCAGGGCCUUGUGGAGUGGGACCUGGAGGAGCUGACAGACUCCCAGCUGCGUGUGACGUUUCUUCAGAAAUCACUGCUCCUCACUGUUGCAUAUGCUGGUGUGAAGGAUGAUCGUCAGAAGAUUGCAGACAUCCGGUUUGAGUCCCUGUUGGCAGACGAGGCCGCUCCCUGGGCACACCUGUGUCAUCACAUGGUCCUGGGGGCGCUGGAUCAGCCCCAGCUGGUACACACCUACCCAACCUUUCCUACACAGAGCAAGCUGCUGCACAGAGUGUCGUUGUUGGUGUCUGAAGCCCGCAGACUGGGGGAUGAAGUACAGGAUGUCAUCCUGAGGCACCCCUUCACCACUGUGGACGGCACAGACCUGACUGUGGAGUUCUCUAACGUCGAGGCACACGCCAAGUUCUUCGUGACCUUCAGCCUGACCCCGGGUGCCUACCCGAACCAAGUGGUCAAGUGCACCUGUACCCACAGGAUAGGUGCCAUCAGCCCGUCUGCAGUGGAGAGUGCCCUGUGUGCUGUCCCGGCUGGGAGCCUGUACCUGAGCAGGCUGGUGCAGUGUGUGGAGGAACUCAUCCAACAACACGCCAGCUCACUACACCAGACAAACACCACUCACAGGGACCUGUAGCCACAAGUCAGACUGCCUUGUGUCCACUGUGCUGUAGCACCAGUUGUGCGAGAUUGGUUGUAACUGGAUGAACAAUUCUUUCCAUGGCAGCUUGAUGAAGUGUAGGCAGCAAUGUCUCACCUUGUCUGAGCAACCCUGUAUAUAUGUACUACUGGCCUUUCAUGGAACAUUAUGCCUUUUGUAAUUGGCAUGAACAAUUUCAGCUUGAGUGUGUGUGUGUUUUGUAAGCUUGGAUUGAUUAGUUAGCUAGUUUGUUGGAUGAUGUUCAGUGUCAUGUUACCAUAUUGUCCAAUUAAACUGAGUGCCCUGCCCUAUUUUCAAAAUGACCAGCACCCAGACAUGUAAAGACCACUUUCAUAUACUCACUUCUAUAGACCACUUUCUUGUCAAUUACGAUUACAUUUGUAAUCCUUGCAAUCUUGAUUUACAAGUCUAUGCUGGACAGCCAACAGUGGUUGUAUUUUAGAAGUACAACAUGUAAAAAAGAAUUAUGUACAUUUGGUUUCCUUGCUGGUGGAAAUCUCGAAGUUUGUGAUUUUUAAAAAACAAGAGGAAAAAAAAUUGAGUCGUGAUUGUGUGUUUUUGGGUCUUGAACAAAGGGGGCUUUUUUCUCCACGAAAGAGGCUUUUAUUCAGUUAAAUGUGAAAGUGUCAUUUUUGUUUCAAGUUGUCAAACAUCAUGUGUAUGUCCCAAAGCUAUGUUUUUUGGUAGAAGUUAGUGUUGUAUAAUCUAUAUCAGUCCAAUGAUGAUUAACAAUAGAUGAAGCCUCUAUAUUAUGAAAAUAGAAAAUUACAAAAUGCAGUAAAAAUGAUGAUAUGACUAGGGAAAAGCUUUGUCAGUCCCAGUUUGUUGAAUUUGCUUCAAAGUUUCAAGGUACACAGUUUAUCCAUUCUGUUGUCUGUAGUUUAUGUUCUCUGGUAACUUCCUACAUGCAGAUUUCUGUACAAAUGUGUUAUGAUGAAUAAAGAUGGCAACUACGGAA